AUGGCCAUUCUUGCCCCUUAUGUGGGGCAAGAAGAGCCAGAACUCAAUCAGCACAGUUUUCUCAUGUUACAGCGUAGACUUGCAUUUCUAAUCAGCGACAAAAGUCACAAACAAACACUGAACAGUUUUUCUCUGCAUCCGUUCGUACCCUGCUCGUGUGACCAGUUCAUGCAGCUACAACAUUGCAUCCACACCUCUGCUAAUACACCAAGCACGCCAACACAACCAGCACAUGACACUGCAGUGUCUGAUGCUGGUGUCAACGCUUGUCUGGAUUCAGCCUCAUUCUGUAUACUUAGUCAUUAUGAAAUAUUUUACUUUAGGUCGAAUUGUCACUGA